CAUUGCUGUCGCUAUUCCAGGGCGAGGAGAAACCGUCACGACAUACCACCACUGGUCAACAAGCGCCAGACCCUUCUUGUCAGGCCCUACAAGCAGUAGUGCAGACCAUCGUGCCUGCGUGCCAAGCCACUGUUUCAUUCCCCCCCAAGCCCCCCAAGAAACGUCCCCCACCACCACGACGCAAUUGCAUGCGCACGUCACUCAGGUCUUCUCCAGGCAGCACCAACCUCGACCACCCUACGAACACGAUUUACGAUAAUUACCACUGAGCAAUCCUCUUACUCUGGCAUCUAAUAACCAACGUCAAGCCACUCAGUAUCUCCUGACGGCGUCGCGCGGGUUCCUGUCUGAACCCUAGCACCUCCUACCACCUCCUACCCCCCUCCCCCCCUUGGGAUCCGUCCUUCGAAAUCCCACGUACCCAGCUUGUCGACUGGCUUCCACAUCACGAAGGCGCUUCCAUAUUGUUGACCGCCCGCCAUGGGUAUCACCAAUCGUCGCAAGGAUAAGGGGGCUAAGCACGGCGGCGCGGCUGCUGCGUCCGGCGGCGGCCAUGCUGGCUCCGGCGGCGCAAGGCCGAAGAAGGCCACCUUCGAGACGACCAAGAAGAAGGAGAUUGGCGUGUCCGACCUUACCCUCCUCAGCAAGGUGUCCAACGAGGCCAUCAACGACAAUCUGAAGAAGCGAUUCGAGGGCGCCGAGAUCUACACCUACAUUGGCCACGUGCUGGUCUCCGUGAACCCCUUCCGCGACCUUGGUAUCUAUACCGAACAGGUACUCGACAGCUACAGGGGGAAGAACAGGCUGGAGAUGCCCCCCCACGUCUUCGCCAUCGCCGAGUCCGCAUACUACAACAUGAAGGCCUACAGCGAGAACCAGUGUGUCAUUAUUUCGGGUGAAUCCGGCGCUGGCAAGACGGAGGCCGCGAAGCGCAUCAUGCAGUACAUCGCAAACGUGUCGGGCGGCGAGUCGGGCGACAUCCAGAAGGUCAAGGACAUGGUGCUGGCAACCAACCCCCUGCUGGAGUCCUUUGGCAACGCCAAGACGCUGCGGAACAACAACUCGUCGCGCUUCGGCAAAUACCUGCAGAUACACUUCAACACACAGGGUGAGCCCAUAGGAGCCGACAUCACCAACUAUCUGCUUGAGAAGACUCGUGUCGUCGGCCAGAUCACCAACGAGCGGAACUUCCACAUCUUCUACCAGUUCACCAAGGGCGCGUCGCAGCAGCACCGCGAGCUCUUUGGCAUACAAAAGCCCGAGACAUAUGUCUACACAAGCCGCUCCAAGUGUUUGGACGUCGACGGCAUCGACGAUCUGGCCGAGUUCCAGGACACGCUCAACGCCAUGAAGAUCAUUGGCCUCUCGCAGGCAGAACAGGACAAUAUCUUCAGGAUGCUAGCCGCAAUAUUGUGGACCGGCAACCUGGUGUUCCGUGAGGACGACGAUGGAUAUGCGGCAGUCUCGGACCAGUCCGUGGUGGACUUUUUGGCAUACCUGCUGGAGGUUGAUGCCCAGUCGCUCGUCAAGGCCAUUACCAUCCGUAUACUGACGCCGAGGAACGGAGAGGUCAUCGAAUCGCCUGCCAACACCGCCCAGGCAACAGCCACCCGCGAUGCGCUUGCCAAGGCCAUCUACAACAACCUCUUUGACUGGAUCGUGGAAAGAGUCAACCAGUCUCUCAAGGCCAGGCAAGCGGCAUCGAAUUCUAUUGGCAUUCUCGACAUCUACGGCUUCGAGAUCUUUGAGAAGAACAGCUUUGAGCAGCUUUGUAUCAACUAUGUCAACGAGAAACUGCAACAGAUCUUCAUCCAGCUGACGCUCAAGGCAGAGCAGGAGGAGUAUGCCCGGGAACAGAUCAAGUGGACGCCCAUCACCUACUUUGACAAUAAGGUUGUCUGUGAUCUGAUCGAGUCCAUCCGCCCUCCGGGUAUCUUUUCUGCCAUGAAGGACGCCACCAAGACUGCACACGCCGACCCCGCUGCGUGCGACCGCACGUUCAUGCAGAGCAUCAACGGCAUGUCCAAUGCCAACUUGACGCCGCGUCAGGGAAGCUUCAUCAUUAGGCAUUAUGCUGGAGACGUGAGCUAUACAGUCGACGGUAUCACGGACAAGUGCAAAGAUCAGCUCCUGAAGGGAGUACAGAACCUGUUCCAGCGCAGUCAGAACAAGUUCAUCCACACCCUCUUCCCUCACCAGGUGGACCAGGAUAACAGAAAGCAGCCGCCUUCGGCCGGUGAUAGGAUAAGGGCCUCUGCGAACGCGCUGGUCGAGACCUUGAUGAAGUGUCAGCCUUCGUAUAUUCGGACGAUCAAGCCAAACGAGAACAAGUCAGCUACCGAGUACAAUGUUCCCAACGUGCUGCAUCAGAUCAAGUACCUGGGUCUCCAGGAGAACGUGCGCAUCCGCCGAGCCGGUUUCGCUUAUCGCCAGAGCUUCGAGAAAUUCACCGACCGUUUCUUCUUGCUGUCUCCAGCCACAUCGUAUGCUGGAGAGUACACCUGGUCGGGCUCAUAUGAUGCAGCUGUCAAGCAGAUUCUGAAGGACACGAGCAUCCCACAAGAGGAAUGGCAGAUGGGUGUGACCAAGGCAUUCAUCAAGUCUCCAGAAACCCUCUUUGCCCUGGAGCACAUGCGAGACCGCUAUUGGCACAACAUGGCGACACGUAUCCAGCGGAUGUGGCGGGCGUACCUUGCAUACAGAGCCGAGUCCGCGACUCGUAUCCAGCGAUUCUUCCGCAAGAAGCGCACCGGGGCCGAGUACCUGCAGCUACGAGAUCAGGGGCACCGCCUUCUGCAGAACCGAAAGGAGAGGCGCCGCUUCAGUCUGUUGGGCUCGCGUCGAUUCUUGGGCGACUACCUGGGCAUCAAUGCUACUACUGGGCCUGGUAGUCAAGUGCGCAAUGCCAUCGGCCUGGGAACCAAUGAGAAGGCAGUCUUCUCAUCCCGCGGUGAGAUUCUGGAGGCCAAGUUCGGCCGUUCCAGCAAACCGAGCCCAAGGAUCCUCAUCGUCACCAAUAGCAAAUUCUACAUCGUGUCCCAGAUGCUCAACAAUGGCCAAUUGCAGAUCGCUGUCGAGCGCUCGGUCCCCAAUGGAGCCAUCAAAUUCAUCGGCACGUCGACAGCUCGAGACGAUUGGUUUUCGCUUGGCGUCGGAUCACCUCAAGAACCUGAUCCUCUCCUGAACUGCGUGCUAAAGACGGAGCUGUUCACUCAGAUGCAACGCGUCAUGGUCGGCGGCUUCAAUCUCAAGAUUGGGGAGACGAUUGAGUACGCGAAGAAGCCGAACAAGAUACAGCUUGUCAAGGUGCUAAAGGAUUCGCCGACACCGGUGGACUUCUACAAGAGCGGUGCUGUGCACACACAGCCAGGAGAGCCCUCCAACUCGCUCUCAAGGCCAAUGCCCAAGGCGAAACCUGUGCCCCCGAGACCCAUCACCAGGGGGAAGCUCAUCAAGCCUGGCGGGCCGAACGGGCGACCAUCGAGAAUCAUGAAUACCAGGACACCACAGCCCCGCCCUGGAGCCGGAGCGGCAGCUUCGGCAGCGGCAGCGGCACCCCGGCCCGUUCCGGUGCCCAAGGCGGCUACGUCGCGACCCGUUCCUACACCGGCUGCCAUUCCUUCACAUACUCGAAACACGUCGGCUGCUUCCGGAACCCGUGUGCCACCCCCGCCGCCUCCUGCUGCACCGCCUGCGAAGGCCAAGAUUAUGGCUAAGGUGCUGUAUGACUUUGCCGGCACCAAGGAGAACGAGUUGACGAUCCGGGCGGGUGAUCUGGUUGAGGUGAUUCAGAAGGAGAACAAUGGAUGGUGGCUAGCCAAGAACGCAAGCGGGCAGGCCUGGGUGCCUGCCGCCUACGUCGAGGAACAGGCACCUGCACCGCCGCCAGCUACCUCACGCGCACCGCCGCCGCCACCCAACGGACGUGCUAAGCCGGCAGCACCGACGCCGCCAGCGCGCCCGGGAAAGAAGCCUGUAGCCCUGCAGGCUCGUGAUUCGGGUAUGAGCCUGGCCGGAGCCAAUGGAUCCGAUAGUAGCAGGAGUAACACACCGACGCCAAGCCUGGCAGGUAGUCUGGCGGACGCGCUACUGGCGAGAAAGAAUGCGAUGGCGAGGAAGGAUGAUGAGGAGGAUUGGUGAGCUGACAGUAGGAUUAUGUCGUGGAGAAGCAGUAGAGACGAACGAAAUUGGCUAUGAAGUGAGACACAGAGAGGGAACCAGAUGGAUGGGGUGGCUCGGCUUGGCUCGACUGAUUGACUACUUUUGUGCUACGGAGGGUUUGAUUGAUGUGCAUAGCCUGGUCUGCUAUUGGUGUCUUUCCCCUCCCUCUUGUGUGACGAAACGAAAUAGACGUAUGCGACCAGGACGAUGGGCUUCAAGAGAAAGAAGAGCGCGUGUUUUCGUCCGUCAUCUUCAGGCUAGUUAGCGUCCCCAUAUUCGCAAAGCUACUUGCUAUCAACGAGAGCUGUGUCCGUCGGUGGAGACCGUUUGGAAAGUUUGGUCGAGGCGUGAGCCCGGUUGUAUAUAUUUACUUUUAUAUCUGUAUAGAGAGAGGCAUGCCUUACUAAGCUUCACUAUUAUCAU